AUGGAUCUCGAGUCUGAAGGCAGUUGUAUGUCUCUGACAGCCAAGCCAACUUUGGCUGAAGAAGAGAUCGAUUUGACCUUUUCUGGACUAUGUGACGAAUUGGAGAGAGAAACAGGCGAACAGUACUCCAGGAAUCAAGUCAUUUCGUACAUUGUCGUCAUGGUCAAUGGGAUCCUCGUCCUGAUCAACCUCCCAGUCACCUACAUUUACAAGGACGAUUUCAACAUUCCACCAGGUACGUUUGAUGAGUGA